UGGUAUGGAUUCGGUGGUAGCACUUCAACACUAACUCACUCCUCCGCACUUCGAAGAGACAGCCGCAGCAAACAAAACAAAAACCAAACAUACCUCGAUUCCAUAUUUAUGUGAUAACUAAUUAACGUAAGAUUCCUCACCAAUCAUUUCCAAAUUCAGAACCAACCAUUCAAUUCAAUGAAUACUCUACACUUCAAGCCAUGAAUCUCACACUCUAACUACUUCUUUCUACUACCCCUACAAGGAACACCAUAAAGCUUCAAAAUUUAUCACACCCAACAAUUCAAAACGUCUUUUUGGUUCAUGGGUAGGAACAAAAUCCAACUAUCUCAUAGUAAAACAGAUGGGUUUUUCUCACUUUCUCAUGAAGACUACUCUUAUCCUGGAGGUUUGUUUGCUAGUGUUGGCCAAAUGGGAAUAGGGUUUGGUGUUCAACAACCCAAUCCUUCUGAUUCCAAUGAAAAUGGUGAUGACCCUAAACUUCCUUUCAAUGAAUUAUACGUUAAGUAUAUUCAAUCACUGUGGAAAUUUGAGGCUAAUGGGGUUAAGGUGAAGGGGGAAGUGGAAGAAGGUGAAGAAGGUGUUAAGGCCAAGAGUAAAAAUGGUGGGUUUAAACUCAGGAUUAAGAUUAGGAAUCCUUCUAUUAGAAGGCUGUGUAGUGGAGCAAUUGCCGGGGCGAUUUCUCGUACCACUGUGGCGCCAUUGGAGACUAUUAGGACUCAUUUGAUGGUUGGGAGUAGUGGUCAUUCUAGCACUGAGGUUUUCAAUGAUAUUAUGAAAACGGAUGGAUGGAAGGGUUUGUUUAGGGGUAAUCUAGUUAAUGUCAUUCGUGUUGCGCCGAGCAAGGCCAUUGAGCUAUUUGCUUAUGAUACGGUAAACAAGAACCUAUCCGCAAAGCCCGGGGAGCAAUCCAAACUCCCAGUUCCUGCAUCAUUGAUUGCAGGUGCCUGUGCUGGAGUGAGUUCAACUAUAUGCACAUAUCCACUUGAACUACUCAAGACUAGACUAACUAUCCAGAGAGGUGUUUAUAAUGGUCUCCUUGAUGCAUUCGUGAAAAUAAUUAAAGAAGAGGGUCCUGCCGAACUAUACAGAGGCCUUACUCCUAGUCUUAUUGGUGUUAUUCCAUAUUCUGCUACCAAUUACUUUGCCUAUGACACACUACGCAAAGCAUACCAGAAAAUUUUCAAACAAGAGAAGAUUGGCAACAUUGAAACCCUUUUGAUUGGUUCAGCAGCUGGUGCUAUUUCAAGUACUGCGACUUUUCCACUCGAGGUGGCUCGCAAGCAAAUGCAAGUUGGAGCUCUCAGUGGAAGACAGGUUUACAGAGAUGUCCUUCAUGCACUUGUUAGCAUACUAGAAAAAGAAGGGAUCCAGGGUCUAUAUAGAGGGCUUGGACCUAGUUGCAUGAAGUUAGUGCCGGCCGCAGGAAUCUCUUUCAUGUGUUACGAAGCAUGCAAGAAGAUACUUAUAGAUAAUGACGAGAAGGAAUGAAUGAAUUAAGUGUUUUUGUUUCCACUGAAAUUAAGUUGUGGAACUGCUGCAUACCUUUUUUAAGCAUUUGGUUAACUUACUUUGGGUUUUCUUGUAUUGUUGGAUUUUUCCGUCACCCCCGCAAAAGUCUUGUGUCUGAGAAUGGAAUGAUGAUUUUUUUUUGUUUAUUUAUGGUUGCAGCCAGGUUUUUCAUUGUGUCUUGGCUGCAUGAUUUCAAGGUCAAAAUCUUCUUUGUAAUCUUAUUUACUGUAUAGAACUCACGAGUCCUAAUUUUGAAGUUAAAUUUUGUUGAGAGUUUCUCA